AUGCAGCGAAAUGGUCCGGAAUACAUCGUACAAGCUAAUGCUAUUGACUUCUACGUUCAAAUUUGUGUCGGAUGUGCUAGUGGCGAAAUUGGAUGCAGACAUCUGCACUACGCCAAAUCACUGCGACGUGUGGCUGUCCAAAGUCAAGUCGAGACCAAACAACAGCAACCCUUGGCUCGUAGUUUGCAUCCCGUGGCGGAGGAAGACCGACAUCUGUGGCCCAUUCCAAGACGGAAGCCAAUCCUUAAGGCUGAUAGAAUCAUACUCCAAAUGGCCGGAGGUGUUCCUGAGGAUUACACAUACUACUUUGUUCGCAGCUGA